UGUCUUUGCUGUCUUGCUAUGUCAAGAGCUUAAAUUGUUAAACCCUCCUUUAUUGUCUUUGAAACUCACAAAACCCUAAACUCACUGUAUUGAUAAAGAAUGGCAGAACCGAGUAAGCUGACUCAGCAUAUCGAAUCAUACGUAGACUCGUCUCGCUCCUCAACUCAGCAGGCUGCAAGUUUGGACGCCAUUGUUUCCCUCCUGAAGAAUGAUGCAGUAACUAUAGGAUCAUUGGUAAAGGAAAUGGACUUGUAUUUGACUACAACAGAUGACAUAUUACGUGCAAGAGGUAUCCUUCUGCUUGGAGAAGCACUUGUGCGUCUUUCGUCAAAGACACUAGACAAUGCGACCAUACAUAGCUUGAUAACAUUCUUUGCAGAGCGAUUGGCAGAUUGGAGAGCUUUACGUGGUGCACUUGUUGGUUGCUUGGCACUGAUAAGGCGGAAAAGUGGUGGCAAAGUCACUGGCUUUGAUGCAAAAGCUAUUGCCAAGUCUUAUUUACUGAAUUUGCAGGUGCAGUCUUUAGCACAGCAUGACAGGAAGCUUUGCUUUGAACUUCUGGAGUGCCUGCUAGAACAUUAUCCUGUUGAUGUUGCUACAAUGGGAGAGGACCUUAUUUAUGGAAUCUGUGAAGCUAUUGAUGGGGAAAGGGAUCCCCAAUGCCUAAUGCUGACAUUUCACAUUGUGGAGCUCCUGGUGCAACUUUUUACAGAACCCUGUAGUCCAAUUUCAAGUUUUGCUGGUGACCUUUUUGGCAUUUUGGGCUGUUACUUUCCCAUUCAUUUUACACACCCAAAAGCUGAGGAUAUUGAUUUCAAAAGGGAUGAUCUGUCAAGGGCAUUAAUGCUUGCAUUUUCAUCCACUCCUCUUUUUGAGCCAUUUGCCAUGCCAUUGCUUCUGGAGAAACUUUCUUCCUCCCUACCAUCUGCAAAGGUUGAUUCUUUGAAGUAUCUUAGCUACUGCACAUUGAAGUUUGGAGCAGACAGAAUGUCAAAACAUGCACGAGCUCUUUGGUCCUCCCUGAAAGAUGCAAUAUACAUUUCAGGAGAAGAGCCUAUGCAAUCCUCUAAUUCAGAAUCACUAGAGGAUUCAGAUUUUAAGAAGAAUGAAAUAGCAGAAGAAGCUCUAGGACUACUGGAAAAGCUUAUCAUCCAAAAUAAUGAUCUGUUCCUGAGUAUGAUUACUGAUGAUGAAGAGAUAAACCUUAUUUUCAACAACAUUACUAGUUACCAGAGUUACAAUGAAAUUCCGAUGCAAAGCAAGCAGAAACUUCACAUGGUUGGUCGUAUCCUUUAUGUCUCUGCAAAAGCUUCUGUUUCCUCCUGCAACAGGGUAUUUGAAAGUUUCUUGCGCCCCCUGAUGGAGGCUCUGGGGCCUUCCGUUGAAAAGGCAUCUGGGGCCUCCCAUGGCAAUUGUGGAAACUCCAAAAAUAAUUAUGGAUCUCUUUAUCUUUGCAUUCAAAUUCUUGGAGCAUGUAGAGAUUUUAUCACAAGUUCUGAUAAUCUCACAUCACAAUUUCUAUCUGCAAAUGAGACAUGGUGCCGUUUACUUCGGUGCUUUUCUACCUCUUUAACCACGGUCUUUAGUUCUACUUUGGCAACAUGUACUAAUGGACCUGAUCAUAAUGCAGAUAUGUAUCUUGGAGUGAAGGGUUUGCAGAUUCUGGCAACAUUUCCUGGAGGCCAUUUGCUAAUAUCAAAGUCGACAUUCGACAAUAUCUUGAUGACAUUCAUAUCAAUUAUUACUGUGGAUUUCGACAAGACAUUGUUGUGGAAACAGGUGAUGAAGGCACUGGUGUACAUUGGCUCAUUUAUUCACGAACGCAAUGAAGCUGAAAAAUCAGUGAGCUAUAUGGAUAUCAUUGUUGACAAGAUCAUUUUGUUGGCAUUCUCUGCUGAUUUUAGUGUGCCAUGGCCACUCAAACUGACAGCUAUCUCUAGCAUUGGCACAAGUGGGCAGAAAUAUAUGCUGAAAAUUGUUCAAGGGCUGGAGAAAGCUAUUCAUGCCAAUCUAGCUGAGUUUUAUGUCCAAGGAAAUCUAGAAUCAGGAAAGAUCAUAAUUCAGCUUUUGGAAUGUGGCUCUAACGAGUUGCUCCCAUGGAUACAGAAUAAUGAAGGAUUUGAGGAAGUUCUUUUGCAAUUUGUAGUCAACAUAUGGAACCAAAUUGAAAAUUGCAUGGCUUUUAGCAUUGGGGUCCAUGAACAAGAGCCUCUCAAUGCAAUGAUGAAGGUUAUGAAACUUCUUGUUGCAUGCUGUUCAGUGGAAAGUCAAAACAUAAUAAUUUACAAAGCUUAUAGUGUGCUGUCAUCGAGCUCCACUCUACCACUUAAAGAAUCCCUGUCGGAAGUUUCAGUCCUGCUGGAAAGCGAAAUGAGCAGAUUUUCCACUAGAGAUGAAUGGGUUCAUUCUUUAUUUGCAUCGGUGAUUAUAGCGUUGCGUCCUCAAACACACAUUCCAAAUACAAGAACAGUAUUACAUUUAUUCACAACUGCUCUCCUUAAGGGCUAUGUUACUGCAGCUCAAGCAUUAGGUUCUCUAAUUAACAAAAUGGAUCUGAAAACCAAUACAAGUAUUUCAGGUGAUUGUACCUUUGAAGAAGCAAUGGAUAUAAUUUUUAGAACAAAUUUGUUGAGUCUUACCAGUAAUGGUUCUUUUGGGAGAUAUAGUAGAAUAAGCAAUGGGAAUGAGAUGCAUUUCACUAAUUUAAGCCUUGGUGCUGCAAACAGUGGAUUGCUUCAAAUCCAUUUCCUUAAUGGACUAGCAUGGAUUGGGAAAGGUUUGCUUAUGCGAGGUCAUGAAAAGGUCAUAGACAUAGUUAUGGUUUUCCUAGAGUGCUUACUGUCAGAUGAUAAUAUUGGUGAUUCGCCAUUGAACAAUUGCAAGAAAGAGGUGGAUCUCUCUGAGAUGAAAUCUGCAGCUGAUGCAUUUCAAAUUCUCAUGAGUGAUUCUGAACUUUGUCUGAACCGCAAAUUUCAUGCAAUAAUAAAACCUCUUUAUAAGCAACGGUUUUUCUCUAGUGUGAUGCCUAUCCUGCAGUCUUUGAUAACUAAAGCUGAUUCCUCAGUCUCAAGGUCUAUGCUGUAUCGAGCUUUUGCACAUGUCAUGUCUGAGACUCCACUGAUUGUUAUCUUGAAUGAUGCAAAGAAGUUAAUUCCAGUGUUGUUGGAUGGAUUAACCCUGUUAUGCAAGUAUGUUUUGGAUAAAGAUAUCAUGUACAGUCUGUUGUUGGUCUUAUCAGGAACAUUGACAGAUAAAAAGGGUCAAGAGGCUGUCAUAGAGAAUGCCCAUAUUAUCAUUAAAUGCCUAAUUGAACUUGUUGCCUACCCUCAUAUGAUGCUUGUUCGGGAGACAGCAAUUCAAUGUCUUGUUGCCAUGUCAGAGCUGCAUUACACAAGGAUUUACCCUGUGAGAAACCAGGUGUUGCAGGCAAUGUCAAAAGCACUUGAUGAUCGAAAGAGAGCUGUUCGUCAAGAAGCUGUUAGGUGCCGGCAAUCAUGGGCAUCAAUUGCAUGAAGAAGUCUUCAUUUUUGAAGAAUGUGAGCAUUCUUCUCUGGCCAGCUCUGAAUCUGGUGACAUGAUUUUUCUUCACCGUGUCUCCACAGUAAAUAUUUUAUAUUUUAUACGUAUGCAGUAAAGACAGUAGUCUUCUUAGAAAGUCAUCAAUUUUUUUGGUCUUUUGUUUGAUGCACUGAAAGCCAACUUCUCUCUAGUACAAAAUCAAGUAAAGUUGAUAUCUUGGACAACGAAGAUGUUCAUUAAUUG